UCGACCCUUGCAGAGAAAUUCGGACUUGGUCGUUGUGUCAUUGCGUCAGAGACUGCCCGAGGAUUCCGAUCAGUCACUAUUCCGCUCAACUAAUUAAAAUCAUCUCCGAGUUCUGUCACUGCACUUUCUUACACAUAUAUCGCACUACUUGGAUCAUUUUCGUUUUCGUAUAUAUAGCAUACGUUUCUUGUGUAUGUGAGUGUUAUUUUGUCGGUAUUCUCGAAUAUCUGCCAUAAUAAUAGUAAAUUGCCGAUAUGUUGAUGUGGUUAAUUAUUGCAAUUUUUACAAUUGGAAACUUUGUAAUUCCAAUUGAAUCAAGUCUAUCAUUCCUGGAGGAACAUUCAAUAGUUAUAUCAUCGUCAGACAAGUUCUGUCUCGAAUUUCCUCCUUCUUGCUCCAGGAUUGAACUAAAUAAAGACUUAUCUGACGUUGAAAUAUUCCAAGAAGUAUUUUGCCCAUCUAAAGCAAGAUUUCGGUGUCUAGAAGAAUUUGGUCGGCGUUGCAUUUCUACGAACAUACAAUAUUACGAUUUCUUAAUGAAAGUUGUGGAUAAGAAUCGCUCUAUGAUCCACAAACUUCAACUUUGCUCUGACGGACCUUACAAGAAAGAACAUUUGGAACACGCUCAUUGCUUAGUAUCCAUGUUUCUAUCCAGUAGUAGCAUACCACUCUGCGCAUCGGUAGAAGACUAUAAACAUAGACACCAUAUGGGCGCCAAAGAAUCUGAGUGCAUACUUAACGCCGUUGGGAAGCACUGUGGUAGGCGAACAGAAAUGUUUUUCGACCUAUACAUACUUAAAAAUCCAGGCCGUAUAUAUUGAUAAAACAAAUAAACAACUAGUGUCCGAGUUAACAUUUCAAUUAGACCAGACGAAAGGAUUUAUAGAAAACUCCAACUCAAAAUAUACA